GUUCACGACGAAAGCAAAACCUUCUCCCUAAACAAUACGAACAAGUACUAGAAGGGCGGUGAUCGGGCCAGCAGGAGGCAUUGUAAACAAAGCAAAUCAUUAUACUGCUUGAGCACAAAACAAACCGCAAUAGCACAAGCUCCAACGCUAACGCCAACACGCAAGAACCAUGGCGACAACGAGAGCAACCACGAAAGAAAAGAACCAAAACGAGCAUUCUUCGCCAUGUUACUACAAGCUGAGUGCGGCUGAACUCCCGGACGACCUGUUUCGGAAGGACGUGCCAGUGACCGAGUGGAUCGGCGGAAAGGAAGAAGACAACAAGAACGCCGAUGAUGCCAGGCCCUGGAUAGCCACCAGCUCCAGUCCCAGCGGAUUUCCCCCCGGUGAUCUCAAGAAAGUCCAUCCCAUCGAUCGAAUGGUCGACAUAGAACGAUGCAUCGGAAUAUCUCUCUACAUGGUGGGCAACGUAACCCCAUUUGCCCUUCCGUCUCUGGCCUUUGCCUGGCUGGCGCUAGGGAUGGAGGCCGCUAAGUACCUGUUUUGGUUCGUAGUGGUGUACCACGGUGGAUUGUACGCCCUCUGGAGGCUCUGGAUGGUUCCAAUCUUUUUGAGACGAUACAACCGCGGUUCCAGACUCAAGGACGACCUUAACCCGGUGGAUCCCGGAUAUUCCCAGUACUUAUACACGGAACGAAACACGACCAAGUAUUGCAGCACGAGCUAUGUUUGGCCUGCCAGUCUGCAUCGGCCUGCUCUGGAGAAAGGCCCGAACAACGAUCGACCCGUGAUCUACUGCAUCAUCCCCCACGGAUUGGCUCCGUAUGGGAUCGUUGGCUACCCCUACUUUUCCAAGGUCUGGAACUCGAAACUCUGCUCGUGGACCUGUGCGCCGGUGCUUCUGAGCCUCCCCUUUGUUGGCUACUUUCUUAAAGCGAUUGGAUACAUACCCGCCAAGUCCAAGAACAUUCUAGAGGCGCUGACCAAGAAGGAUCGCAACGUUGGCGUAAUCCUGGACGGAAUUGAGGGCAUGUUUCACAAUGCCAACGCUACAAACACCGACACGGAGGUCGGUGCCAUUCUGAAACGCAAGGGGAUCGUGAAGAUUGCACUGAAGGCCAACGCGGCCCUCGUUCCUGUUUACGGGUUUGGACACGCCGAGGUCUACGACAUUUUGGUAGAUCCCUUUGGAAUCAUGAAGUAUCUCUCGAUUACCUUUGGGGUAAGUCUGACACCCUUUUUUGGCCGCUACAAAUGGUUUUUGGGCCCACCGAAGCGAAACGUUCCCAUUACGGUGUGCCUGGGCGAUCCCAUUUAUCCCCCCGAGAGCAGUAGCAGCAGCGGCGACGAGACGACUCCGGACAGCCCCAGUAAUACCAUUACACAGGAAGACAUCGACGAGCACCACGCCAGGCUUCUGAAGGGCUUCGAAAAGGUCUUUGACACGCACAAGCGGGGGUAUUAUGGGGAGCAGACCGGCGCCAGAAAGAAAUUGGUCUUUUGCAAGUAGUUAGUCGUAACGAGCGUAGUUUCAUUCCUUCUUCUAAUAUUCUUCUUGUAAGACCUGUACAGUACUUCCAAAAGCACCACACGAAUAGAGAACAAUUCAGCCG